GGCAGUCUGCCAAAAAACGCGUGCCUAGACGCGGCCGCUCUUGCCCGUCGAGCAACGCGGAUACGUUUUCGAUCGAUCAAUCGAUAAUCGAUCAGCGCUGCGCAUUUAUACGGCGCGGCGCCCUGCACCAGAGCCAGGGUGGUGCUCACUGAAUUCGCGGCGCGACCGCAGUAAUAAGCACAGAACCCCUCGCGGCGCCGGCGCGGCGCCGCGCAGCCACCAUCUCCAGCCCCAUCAAGAUGGCGGCGCAGCUGCGCGCGGCGGCGGCGCGGCGGCUGCGGAGCGGAAGUCGGAGCGAGCGGCGGCCGCCGGAGCCGCCGGCCGUCGAGCCCGAGAAAAUUAUCAAGAUGUUCGAGACGUAUGCGGAAGAGGAGGACUGUUUGGGCAUGGAGGGGCUCUGUGGUUUGUGUGAGGCGGUCGGGAUUGAUCCCGAGACCGACGUCCGGUUGCUCUGCUUCUGCUGGCGGGUUGGGGCCAAAAAACCGUCCAUGAUCUUACGGGAGGAGUGGAACGAGGGCAUGUGCCGCCUGCGAUUGGAUUCAUUGGACAAGCUCAAAAAAUUCGUGCUCGGGGACUCGUGCGACCCGACGAACCUCGAGCAAAAACAAUUCCGGGACUUCUUCAAGUUCACCUUUUUGUUUUCCCGAGAGGGUACUCAUAGAACGAUCGAAAAAGAUCUCGUGGCUGAUCUGUUACCGAUCGCGAUUUGCGGCCGAUCGUGCCACGAAGAGACAUUCCUCAAGUUCCUCGAGGCGUCCUCCACAACACGCGUCACGUUGGACCAGUGGUGCUCGUUCCUCGAGUUCAGUGUGAAAGUAGGGGCCGCUCCAGGCUUCGAGGGCUACGAGGAGGACGGCGCGUGGCCCUUGCUGCUCGACGAGUACGUCGAGCAGCUCAAGGCGGACGCCGUACCUUAGGUUUAAGUAUUCGUGGAU